GUAUUAAAUCUUGAAUAAUUAUGGUUUCUUUAAAUAUUGUAGAUAUCAAUCACAUCGCGUAUAUAACACAAAAAAAAAAUUCUGAGAUCAAAAAAAUUUCAAAUAUCUGAUAAACAACAAUAACAAGUAACUAGUAUAACAUACCACACGACAAAGUUAAAUGAUAAGGAUAUAGCAUCAGGCCGAGGAAUUUUGAAGAAGAGACAGGAAUAAUUAUGUUUGAGGAAAUCAUACAGCGACGAGAGCAAAAUAGAGUCGCUAAGAAACGAAUCAAACUAUUGUUAUCCAAAUAUUUAACCUUAAAGAGAUAUCAAGAAUUACAAUUACAAAAGCAACAAGAGAAUGGUAAAGUCAAGAAGAGGAAAGGAGGAGAAAUAGUCAAUGCCAAAUUAUUAGAAUACAUCCAUACCGAGUUAGAACGUCAUUUAAAACCAGAUGAGACCUAUGAAAUAUGGCAUGAAUUAAGCAGUGUAAAUGUAAACUUAAAGAAACAACAAGGAGAAGGUAAAUUUGACAAAAAACAACCAGUAGACACUGACAUUGAAGUAUCUACAGAUGGGGAAAGUGAUAUUAAAGUGAAUGAUCUCAUUAAAGAUUUAUUUCAAACUUUUGAUUCAUCUAAAAAUCAUGUUAAAGCAAAUAUACUUUUAACCAUAAAUGGAUUAGAAGUAUUACCAUUACCUAAGAAGAAUGAAGGUCAAAUUCAUAAUCACAUUAAUAACUUAAAGACGUUAUUGCAAUUGAAUAUCUUAAGGAAAAACUGGAAUUUGGCGUAUAAGAUAUAUUGUACAUUAAUCAGAUUCCCUAUAGUUGAUAUCAAAGCUAUUUGGUCGAUUGGGAUUGAAAUAUUGGUCCAACAACGUAAACUUGAAGAAAAAGCUCAAGUUGAUGAAGAGAAUAAACUCACACAAAAGUCAACACUAUUCAAAGAUGAAAGAUUCUUUGAAUGGUUGAUAACAUUUUUCCCUUUGAAUCGAUUUGAUGCUUCGAAAUAUGAUGGUAAGGGAAGUCUUAGAGUUGAGCUGGCUCCAGUAUGGAGAAUGGGUACAUUAACUAAUUCACCAUUAUAUCUUAUCACAGCACUUUGGAAUUUAUUGAUUAAUAAGAAAUAUUCGAGUUUGAAAUCAAAAUUAUUAGAAUUAAUGUUGGAACCACCAUAUAAUGAUGAUGGAACGAUUUAUUUCUUAAUGUGUUUAACAUUAAUAUUUGAAUCGUUUGAAUUAGUAAAAGACAAUGACGCUAAUGGUGGAGAUAAACUGUUCUUGAUAAGUGACUUGGCAGCUGCAAAAGUACAGAUAUUAAAGUAUUUAGAGAAAUGUGAUCAAUUAAAUUUCAAAUAUCCUUCUGUCGUCAGAGAACAACUCUUUAUUCUCUCUCGAUAUGUUGAAGGAGAGACAGAUAGUAAGAUUGGAAUCUUAACAGAUAGUAGUGAAGAUUAUGACAACGACCAAGAUAGUAAAGCUAACGGAGCUAAGAAUAAUUCAGAAAUAGUAUUCUUUAAUUCAGAUCAAGAAGACCUGGAUGAUGAUAAUGAUGAGGCACAAGCAGCAUCUAAUAGCUCAGAUAACAAUAAUAGCAAUAAUGACUACACCCAAAAUUAUAAUGAUAAUAAUGACUUAAACAAAUCACCAAAAGCAAUUAAAAUCCAAAACGAUAUGGAUUUCGACUUUGAUUUUGAAUAAAUAAAUAAAUAAACAAAUUAGCAUUAAUAGACAUUUCAUAGAUUU